AUGCAGCAGGAGCAUGGUGCGCUGACACAAUCUUUUGAGGCUUUAGACGAAGAGUAUCGCAUGCGAAAAGGCAAAGGUAGAGGCAAAGGUCACCCAACUCGACAGUACAGAGCUCGCACGCCGCCUCCAACUGCAAAGAUGAUUGCCCUGGGCCGGUUGCAGAAGCCGCCAAGUAGAGAAGCUGAUACUGACUGGAGAGGAAACCAGAAUCGUGUUUUCAGCCACCCUUCAUCAAGGCGUCCUGAGUCGAGAGAGAAAGCAAAAGGAGCUGGCAAGGACAAGAUGAACAAGGGAGCGCAAGAAGAAGGAGCGGACGGAGUAGAAGCCAGUUCAAGUCCUUCAGAGGCAGAUACAAGUCCGAACGAGGACGAACAGGAUGAGCUGAUACCAGAAGAGCCACGUCAGGAGCCAGACCGGGCCGACACACCUGAGCUGGAUGAAGAUUCUGACAGCAACGCAGUACCCUCUUUCCUAUUUGAUAGCAGUCCCUAG